GAGUGCUUCACAGUGUACAUAUGCGCUAAUAUAUUGCGAUAAAGUGACAAUAUCAGUGCACGUGGACUUCACUUUCACUUCCUUCUGUGGAUAAAUCUUGUAAGCAGAACUUCCAGAUUUCGAGUGAACUUCGCAGAAAAUAUUUCAAAUCACCAAGUGAGCAUGAGACAAAUAUAAAGCCACCGCGUUUAAAAGAGUGUAUUUUCGUUGAAUGACAUAAGAAAGCAUUUUCGCUAAACGAUCAUUUUGUGUCAAUUUCGCCGGGAGUUUAUUCGAAUGUCUGCGCAAAGAUCGGUCACAAACACCAUUUAUCUUGAUAUUGAAAAUAAAAGCUUGUGUCCUGUGUCACCCAGCAAAGCAAACAGAUCCAGGAGAUACAGUCUCUCAUUUGACGGCCGGAAUGGUGAUGCAUUCACGUGCCAAGGUCGCCAAACUGAGACCAUCAAGAACACUCCCCUGAUGAGAAUACCGAACAUGUACCAGAUGGAACCAAGUGCUCUAGGCGUUUCGGAAUGCCAUACGGACUCAAUCAGGACGACAACCAACAGUAUUAGUCACCCAGCAAAACAAAAACAGCAAGCAAUGAGCAUGUCGACAUCACUCAUUGAAGAACGGGCUGCUUCAGAGCGCCCACUUAUUUCGCAUGAAAUGGCUGUACGGUUACUGAAGGAGUAUGUGCGUUCUCUCAAAGACUUUUCUUCUUUACUUCAAUCGAGACAAGAUAGGGAGACGAAAGAUUCAGCAACUUCUCCUAUUCAUUCACCAGUGGAAAACGUCUCGGGAAGAGAUCCUUAUCGGGACGAUACAAGACACUCUGCCUCCUACUUUCGAAGUGACAUUUCACCAAAAUCCAUCGAUAACCAUUACAAUAUGUCGAGAUUUCCAUGCACCACAGAUCCUUAUGUUAUGGCACCAGGACAUGACCAACCUAUCUCAGUAAACGAUUUAUUUGCUUACAUCAGAAAGACCGAAAAAACCAGGGAUGACAGGUUUGAGUUGCGCACAUCCCCAUCGUCCUCACACGACUCUUUAUCCAGUGCACCACCCAUCCUUUCAACAAACUACGCAACAGUUUCUGCAAAUUAUUCGAACGAAUCUGGUCAGAGGACACCAGUGAAUGUGGAGGACAUCAGUUUUCCAGGAACAGACUGCGAAUCAAGAAAGUUUAAUAAACUUAGUUCUACCUACAGAAUGAGUUCUGCCGAACCGACAUCAGAAAUCAGCUUUGAUGGUACAGGACCAUUCAAUUCACGCCUGAAUUCAACUGCUACACAACCUGAGCACCAGCACAACGGGUCCUUGUACAAACAUGUAACUCCUUCGACACACAGUGUCAAAUCUGAAGCUGCUUUCCACAGACCCUACACUCAAAUGUUAUGGCCAGCGGACAAAGCGGAUUCCACUGAAACUGAAUCUAACCAGAUCCAAAUAUCUUUCAACGGAGAGAAAGCGAAUGCUAACAAUCUGGAUUACAUACAGAAAGCAUCCGUGCCACUUGGUCUGCCUACCUACACAAAAACAAAAGCCGAUUGGAAAGAUAUCGGAAAGUCCCUUAAUGGUGGCACUCUGGUCUCAAAAGCAGCAUCCCUCACCGAUACCACCAAUGCAUACACAUCAUUUCAAAGAAAUGGAUUUCAUCGGACGUCAACAACCAGUCCCAAUACGACCAGUCGACUGGUCAAUCAUUCUAACGCCAGGGCUUCCGACGAAUUCCCAUCACCCAUCACAAGCAGCAGGCUGCAAGAGGAGCAACGUAGGCGUGAAAUGACACCUUCAACGCAAGAUAAGCCACCGAAAACGGCUGUCUUACCUCUGGAGCGUGUCUCAAAAACAAUAACAAACCUUGGUCAAUUUCCAGUCAGCCCAUCAGUUGGGCAUGUGGAAGGUAACAAUGAACUGAAACGAAUCCAGCUUCUUCAUAGCACCGCCGACCGCGAUUGUGCAUCGAAUAAGCCAAACAGUUCGCAAACGUUUAUUGGUUUCCAUUCUUCUACGACGUACACACACCCUACACCUCCUUCCGCCACCGUCCGACUCAGUCCUUCGCUAUCGUCAACAAAGUCUCGGCCAAUGGACAGCAGUCUGCGGCUCAGCUCGUCUACUCUAAGUGGUUCCCAGUCGGUUGACAGUAUGCAGUCACAUGGCUACGGUCAGGCGGACACAAGCUUGGACAAAACAAGGUUGGACGAACCACUGGUUGUGGAAACAAGGCGAUCGCAGUCCGAUUGGAAGCGACCAUCACUGGGUUCUCUUAUUCAAAAGAAUGACCACCAGUGGUCCAGCACCACUAGUCCUCCACUGCACCUGAGCAACCAUUCUGGAAGUGGAUCAAGUCGAUACGCCCCGAGAACCUAUAAUUCAGAGAGUUCACCCAGCCCAUCAUCACCAAAGCCGAAUCUCCAGGCUCCAAGCAAAUGGAACUUUGAGCGACCCUCGACCAUCACUUCGAAUGUUCAGAGACCGCUUUCGAUAAACGUCGGAACUUCAAAUAGUUGGAUCAAUCAUCCGAUUAUCCCCGAGCCCCUAAGGACAAACAAAUCUGACACGGCUACGCAAACAGACGAGCUUCUUUCUCCUUCUUCGCUGACUCCAACCAAUUCUAGCGAAUUCAACUUAAGCUCGGAAUGCAACUCAAAUGGAGGCCGAAUUAACGGAGCCCUGGAAACUUGGCCCCUCUCACUACAAAGUGUAGUGAAGCCGCUCCAUGCAGACUUGCAUUCCCCACAAUCCAGUCGAAACGGGUCCGACGAUAGCAGUUUCCAAUCGGAUCUAAAUAGGCAUAUCAAGGAAUCAUCAUGGGCAGGAACACAUGUCUUGCCCCCCACAGCUAGUACAACGGUCAGAUCUCCAAACCUUCCUAGUUCAAAUCACUCAGUAGUUAGGCGUCUCUCACUGCGUGGUCUGAGGCCGUCCAGUCUUGAACCCUCCCCAGCGCUUUUAAAUCAACGAAUGUCACUCCUGCGAUCUUCUCGCUCAUCCAGUAGUGGUGUGUCAUCUCCAGGAAGCUCCGGACACUCUGAUGCACCACGCUGUCGUAGCGUACACUUUUCCACUGAUGUCCUGGUUGCCCAUACGGGGGCAGGCCCCGAGCCUUUACUACUUUCAUCCGCUCCGCUGAAAGAACCAGCACCAGUAGAUGUGUCGGUUUUGAAAAAUAGUUUCCCUCCACGCUCGCAAGGUAUUCAGAAGCGCGGAAGCACUGUACCACGGAUACCACCCGGUCCAUCCAGUAUUGAACCCUCCAUAUCAAAGUUGGACACUUCCCAGUCAGUUUUAUUUGGUAGGCCACCGGCUACGACAGUGACCCGUAAACCGGCUCUUUCCCGCAACUCGGUUGAACACAAUCACUGAUAAAGCACCCACACAAACCUGUGGUACUUCUUUCUGCUGUUAUUUAUCAUUUUCUCCCGGCCCAUUUUAUACUCUUUCUGUCCGUCAUGUGGUCAGUUCUACCUAAAUGCACAAUCAAAGACCAAAAUGCUUGAGUGUGAUACAUUCUUAGCACCAUCGUGUGCACUCAUUCUAGCCCACAUGGUGUUUUCGCAUCACCUUUUCUGCACUAUAAGCAAUAUAUUAUCUUGUAUUUUGAACAAACAUAUUUUUUCUAACCACAUGCGCCAUGAUUCCUGAGCUGCGAUUUUCCUCCUCAAACUUCUUUGGAGAGCGCCCGAUUGACAUUGGUCACUCUCCGUUUGCUAAGUGCAACACUCAAAUACAAGUGCUUCCAUUUCUAUCCACUUUAUAAACUGUUUGCCAUCAAUCCUUCUUGAGAAGGGUGAUGUUUUGGUUCCUCCAGCUUAUCAGUUUCGUGAACUGCUGCCCCUGUUGACAGUUUGUACGAUUAGAUACCACAUAUGAAUAUCACAUUCUAUUCCAUACCAUCCCAAUUAACGCUCGGUCGCACAGUUUCUUUUAGAGAUUUUGUGUAGCACGCAACCAUAGCUUCGUGUCACGCUGUACCUAAUUAUGAGUUCACUCAUGAGGAAGAACAUGCUGCAUUUAAAAAUUG